GCGGGGCCGCGUGUGCCAGUCCUAGAGCUAGCAGCUUCUGCGCGUCGGGAGAGCUCACCAGCGUCCCAGCCUGUUGGCCAACAGCCACCCCACAGGCGAAAACCUUGGUUCCUGGUCUCUGACUCUUGCCCAGAUUGCGAGCGCGUGGCACCAAGCGCGUCCUCAUCCAUGUCCCGGCUGGGUGAGCUAGAGGUGCUCGAAACCCGGGGCGUGUGAUGAGAGGCUGAGGGCGCGGCGGCCCCUGUCGUGUCCCGCUGAACCAGGCGCGGGAGGACCGGGAGCGCUCCAGCUCGGCUCGCGGCGCGCGGGGCGGGGCGCGGCUGGGGGGCCCCGGCCACACGAGGGGAGCUGCCGAGGAGCAGGCGCGCUGCGGCCCCUAGAGAGGGCACGGUUAAAGUAUUGCCAUCAACUGUGAGCCCCGAGAGCCCGUCUAAAGCCCACACGCGAACUCUGCAGCCUCCCUCACGCCCCCGUGCCACCAAAGGCGGCGACACCUGAUCCAGCUCACAAACACGGGUCCCUUCGGUCCCGGAUACGAUUACGCUGCACAGGCACACUCAAACUCACGCGCAGCAGCCUAGGGAAGAGGUAAGAGGAGGGACUUCAGCGUUCCAGCAGGGGAACGGGGGCGGGCGGAGGAGAGGAGCGUUGUUGGCUCCCUGAGCUAUGAAGUCUUACACUCUGUAUUUCAUGCUCCUGUGGAGCGCUAUUGGGAUAGCGAGGGCUGCCAAAAUCAUCAUCGUGCCGCCAAUUAUGUUUGAAAGCCAUAUGUACAUUUUCAAGACGCUAGCCUCAGCCUUGCAUGAGAGGGGCCACCGCACAGUGUUCCUCCUUUCUGAAGGCAGAGACAUCGCCCCAUCUAAUCAUUACAGCCUCCAGCGCUACCCAGGGAUCUUCAACAGUACCACCUCUGACGCUUUCCUGCAGUCCAAAAUGCGGAAUAUUUUCUCUGGGAGAUUGACAGCAAUCGAACUGUUUGACAUACUGGAUCAUUAUACUAAGAACUGUGACAUGAUAGUUGGCAACCAAGCCCUAAUCCAGAGUCUGAAAAAAGAAAAGUUUGAUUUGCUGCUGGUAGACCCAAAUGAUAUGUGUGGAUUUGUGAUAGCCCAUCUUUUAGGGGUUAAAUAUGCUGUAUUUUCAACUGGCCUUUGGUAUCCUGCUGAAGUGGGAGCUCCUGCUCCAUUAGCUUACGUCCCAGAGUUUAACUCACUCCUCACGGACCGCAUGAACUUGCUGCAAAGGAUGAAAAAUACCGGCGUUUACCUCAUUUCCAGAUUAGGGGUCAGCUUUCUGGUUCUUCCCAAAUAUGAAAGGAUAAUGCAGAAGUACAACCUGCUGCCGGAGAAGUCCAUGUAUGAUUUGGUUCAUGGGUCCAGCCUGUGGAUGCUGUGUACUGACGUGGCACUGGAGUUUCCAAGACCCACUCUGCCUAACGUUGUUUAUGUAGGAGGAAUCCUCACCAAACCGGCCAGCCCACUACCAGAAGAUCUCCAAAGGUGGGUAAAUGGUGCUAAUGAACAUGGCUUUGUCCUGGUGUCUUUUGGAGCUGGUGUCAAGUAUUUGUCAGAAGACAUUGCUAACAAACUGGCAGGAGCUCUGGGAAGAUUACCUCAAAAAGUGAUUUGGAGGUUUUCUGGAACCAAACCAAAGAAUCUAGGAAACAACACAAAACUAAUAGAGUGGUUACCGCAAAACGACCUGCUUGGGCAUUCAAAUAUUAAAGCCUUCCUGAGCCAUGGUGGUUUGAACAGUAUUUUUGAAACUAUGUAUCAUGGUGUGCCUGUAGUGGGCAUCCCACUUUUUGGAGACCAUUAUGACACUAUGACCCGGGUACAGGCAAAAGGCAUGGGAAUAUUGCUAGAGUGGAAGACAGUAACUGAAGGAGAGCUUUAUGAAGCAUUGGUGAAAGUUAUCAAUAACCCCAGCUACCGUCGGAGAGCUCAGAAGCUUUCAGAAAUUCACAAGGAUCAACCUGGUCACCCUGUCAAUCGGACUGUCUACUGGAUAGAUUACAUUCUUCGUCACAAUGGAGCCCAUCACCUACGUGCCGCUGUCCAUCAAAUUUCUUUCUGUCAGUAUUUUUUACUGGAUAUUGCCUGUGUGCUUUUGCUUGGUGCUGCCUUGUUUUACUUCCUCUUGUCCUGGGUGACCAAAUUUACCUACAGAAAAAUCACCAGUCUGUGGCCUAAAAACAAGCAUAGCACUGUUAAUGGACAUUACCACAAUGGACUCCUCAAUGGCAAAUACAAAAGAAAUGGUCAUAUUAAACAUGAAAAGAAGGUGAAAUGAGCCAGCAGCCCAGGUGAUGAAAAUAAAUCUGUUCAGUCAUUGAAUUUUUAUUGCUAGAAAUUAGUUUAACAGCUACUAAAAGUAAAAUGUCAGCAAACAAUUCUAACACUUCCUUAUCAGAUCUUACUAAUGAAUUUCUGUGGAAUUAAGAUGGCUGUACAAAGCACAAACCUAAAAAUGCGAAAAUGUAUUUGGUUCAAAUACUGAUGCAGAAAGUUUUGGCACUGAACCUUUUAGAAGCCUUAAUUAUUUAAAUUAAUUAAGUGACUGUAUCAGACCUUAGUUUUAAAUGUUGAUAUGUGUGUGUCACAGAUAAAGAAUGGUUUCUUUUCUCUUACUAAGAGGGGUGUGUGUGUGUAUGUAUGUCUGUGUGUGUGUGUAUGUGUGUGUGUAUGUAUGUCCGUGUCCUAAUUCAGAGAAUUUUAUCUGGCUGCUUGCUACAUUUGUUGAGGGUACAACACAUUCAUGAAUGAAGUAAUAAGACAGUCAGGAUCCAGAUGUCUCUCUUGUAGCUUUUCCUGUAGCAUUAACGUGUGAACUCAGAACACUACAUCAGAGAACACUCCAUCAGAGAACACUCAAAACUGAAUACAGAGGAAGUAAAUGAAAAGAUAAAUGGCACAGUUUUUUGUCCUUUUUGUUUACUUGUUUUGUUUUCCUUUUGUUACCAACUAUGGACACUUCUGGGGGGAAACGUGUAAUUAAAAAUGUAUAAAUUAGUUGUCACAUUUUCCCCCUACUAAUAAUUUUCCUCUGGAAGAAUUUUAUUAUUUUUUCCUAUUUUUAUUUUAACAAGUAACAUUUUGUUCAAUGCAUAAUGAAGACAAAGCAGCAAACUCUGACUUUUGUUCAGAAUACUAGAGAUUAUUGCUUAUAUGGGGCAUUUUAAAAUAAGGCCAUUGCUUGAAUGUUUAUGUGACUGAUGGCUUUUCUGUGAUAUAACAUCAUCUUUAUCUCUUUUAUUUUCUGGGCCACACUCUAUUGUACAUAGGUGCCAACAGUUAUUUCUUUCAAACAGAACAUUAAAUGGUUCUCAUUAUUGGUACCUGCUUUGUCUGCAGAAGUUGUAGAAUUUGCUGGUAUACAGAGGUGACAGAAAUAGAGCCACUUGUUUGUAAAGAUAAGUUCUUCUUUCCCUCCUUGGUCCUUCAGCCUCACUUCGGCAGCCUUUUUCCAGUCAUUGUGACUGACAUGGAAUAGUGACAGUAUUCAUGUAGAACAGGGAUGCAAGUCACAGACAUCAUAAAACCAGGACCUCCCUGCUGGACCAUUUACUAUUAUUUUUUCCAUGUCAUUCUGUUUACUUAGUAUUUGCACUACACCUGUUGAGUGUAUGCUUUAUUUAUUUGUAGUUUGAAAUCCUAUGACUGACAUCUGAAAAAUGCAACAUUUACCUAAUGUCAUUCACUAAUAGAAGAGUUAUGAAAAUUCUAGAAUGCUGUAAAUCCUUGUCAUACACUAUGACAUACAACUUCAUUACACUCCCACCAGGAGCCACUUUCCUGUACUUAGAAAUAAUGUCACAAGUAGUUUUCUAAUGUACAAUACAGACAAACGUACUGCUCUCUGAAUACUUGAAGAAAUGGUAUUACACAUAUAAGCCUAUUAUACUUUUUCACAAUCUUAUAAUAAUGUUGCCGUUAAAAGGGACAAAAGAAUACACAGGCAAUGAAUGGUGGGAUGGUAACAGGGCUUAGAGUGUAUGAAUGAGUUGAUUUUACUUUCUUGGAAUUUGAUGAAGUUAAUAGGCACUGACUGGAUGAUUAUAACUUAAUCUCCACUGUGAUAAAAACUUAAAUAAUAAACAUGAUUUAAAAUAGAGAAAUGUUGUUGGAAUAAAAUUUUUAUUCAGAUUUUAUUUCACAAUAUUAUGUACAUUCAUUAUAAACAUGUUUCUAAGACAGGUCUCCCAAUUUUUGUAUGUGUAUUCGGGUGUGAAAACAAUGUAUUAAAUGUGAGAAUGUAUUUUUAUUAAACAGAGGGAUUUACCUGACAAGUACAUCAACAUGGAUAUUAAAAUUCUAUUCCAGAUUUAAGAAUGUUAAGUGUAGGUAUUUACUGAUCAUUGUUAUUUUUAUUUUUUCUUAGGAAGCUUAUUGUUAGACAGUUUUCAUAGAGAGAGUGAUUUUAAAUUUUCCACACUUGGGUUAAAUUCUCUAAUAAAGUAAAAUUUUCAAGAAGGGAUUUAUUCAUUUAUUUUUUAGAAAGAUUUUUUGCAGCUUUUUAAAUAUCUCUAUAGCUGACUAUGAUGUUCAAAACAAAUGAGAAUUAAGACACUUUGCCUCUAGAACGUAACUUCUAGUAUUCCACCACAUAAGCACAGGGGUAGGAAAAAGCUAAUGUUUGGGUUAAAGCAUUGAUUUAUGAUUGAGGUUGGAGAAAGCUAGAAACUCUCCAAAACUCAGCUACUUACCAAAUCCCAAAAUACAACUAAAAUUCUAUGUCUUCACUCUGAAGAGAAAAUGUUUCAAAACGACCCAAGUAAUUUGAAGAAUGACUUCAAGUGAUAAUCCAGUGAUCUCUUUUAUUGAAAAAAAGUACAAUUAAUUCAUUUUUAUUCUUGCUACUAAGUAAUUCAGCUAGUUUGUAAAUGUAAAAUCACAUUUGAGAAUGUCUGUUUCCUUUUGGUAUAAUCAAAAACAACUUGAAAUGGAGAAUUUUUAAAUCUUAUAUAAUGAAGUUUGAGAAUCAUAGGAAUUCUGUUGUUGAAACCUCUCUAAAUGUGUCAGAGAACAUCUUGUCCUACUUCUGAGAUGGUAAGAGUUUUAACUAGCUUUUAAAGACAUAUAUUUCAUGCAAAAAAAAUGCUAUUCAUAUUUUUGGCAGAUAGCAAAAUAAUUUUUCUGACAAAUUUUAAUAAAACGUGCUUAGAAGUUCACACAAUUAAAAUACUCAUGUUUUCAUUUUCCUACAAAUCCUGCAAAGCGUCACAGGUCCCAAAUCACUUGGGUGUUUGUAUUCCUGAAUUAGGGGUGAUUAUAGCAGGGGAUGAGUGACAUAAAUAAUGAUAAUCUUAGUUUUUAAAAUAGGGAAACCAAGAGGCAUGCAAUAAUUGUAUCAUUCCUACUCUUUCUUUGGGGUAAUUCAGACAUAAUUUAAGAGAUAAUUCUCAUAAUAAUCUGCAAAAUCUCUGACACUCUGCAUAGGUGGUGUGGUAAAUCCAGAUUUUUUUCAAUAGAGUAUAAUCAGAAUUCAGAGUGAAAAAUCUGAACUCCAUGUAAAAUUAUACUGUUAUUUCAAAUAUGAUGGCUAAAAUGUCUGUCUAUAAAAGAAGUCCAACACCAACAUUAAUCUCAGGUAUUACAAUAUCUCAGGUAUUACAAAGUGCUUUUAUGUAUUAACCAGUAAAACAUGAAUUUCUCACUGAAUUUUAUAGAAUUAAAAGUAUUAUAUUCCUAUGUUACUUCCCACAGUUAAUUUAAGCUUUUUCAGUAAUCCUAUCUUGUGUAAUAAGUGAUAAUUCCCUACUUCAGAGAGAGGGACUAAUUUGAGUUUCAUUGAAUCUAUAGAGUCAUCCAUACUUCAAGAGAUCAUUUCUCCUAAAAUCAGAUUCCUUAGUCCUAAUGUUCAAGAUGAGAUUUCCAUUUAGAUCGAAAUUAAAUAAAAAAAAAACAAGCAACCAAGAAAAGUUUUGUUAUCAAUAUACUUCAUUCACAUAGAUUUAAUUUUUAAAAUGAGAGAUCUGUUACUCUUGUACUUAGAACAGAACUGCAUUAAAGUAUAAUAUGUUGAAAAGGUGAAUUUCAUAUGUUCAUGACAAUUCUGGUUUAGUCACCCUGUUAGAACUCUGAAGGAGAUUCAUGAAUAUUCUUUACUUGGAGCUGAAAAUGGAAACUUUUGAAUAUACAUACGUUGGUAAAUUUCAUGUAACAUUAAAUUUCACAUUAGCAAUGA